GCUGGCGGGUAGGCCAACUCCGAUGCGUGCCCAGCAAGUUGCUCAGCAGAUCACAAACGCCUCGAGUCACUGCCCACUUCUCCAGACAUUAUACCUUUUGAUCCCCUCACAGAAGCCCCUCAAAGCUGUCCUGGGUAAAUGCCUGCGCUCUGCAUACAUGCCCUCUCUCUCUCUCGGGUCAUCUUCAGUCACAUCUACUUUGCGGUAAUAGAUUUGCGAACAUUUCUAACAGUGCAUCGGUCAACUCUCAGAUACGUCUCGCUGUGUUUUACCCAUGUGACCGCUGACUAUGGCAAUAGAACAUAUCUGCGUUAUCUAUUCAGCAGCGUUGGAGAGGAUCUCCACCUGGACAAGCUG